GUUUAUUCUUGCUUUGCGGGUAAAUCGAUUCGAGUAAAACCCGCUGCAGGCUGUGGAGCCUGCGGCUGCAAACCACGCUGCUCGGCUCAUAGAGAUAACAUUUGACCCACACGACUGCGUCAGCGUCGCCGCGUCCGCACGCUGCAGCCGUAUCCUAAGCGAGCAGCGCUAACAACCAGCACACAACAAAAGCUCUCCCUACAGCAUCUGACAUCAUGGCCUGGAAACGCGUCGCCGCGCUCUUCAUAACGUGCCAGGCCCUGCACUACACACCAACAAAACACACGAGCCGGCGGCACCGGAUAAGAAUGCGGGCCACGGCCACCGCGGCCCGCCCGGCGAAGCUCGACACGUUGGUCACCGCCAUGGCGGGCCUGCCCGACGACAAGUACAGGUAUAAGCAGCUGUUGCACUGGGCCCAGGAGGCGCCCUCCUUACCUGCUUCGGAUCAAAUUGAAUCCAACAAGGUCCCUGGGUGCCUGUCGACGGUCUACGUGGUCGCGUCCCUAGACGAGGACGGUACUGUACUACUACAAGGCGACUCGGACGCGCAGCUGACCAAAGGUUUAGUAGUGUUGCUCGUGAAGGGCUUGAGCGGCGCUUUGCCGGAGGAAAUUCUGAGCGUCGACGCGUCGUUCAUCAAGGAGUGUGGUGUGGCAGCAUCAUUAACGCCCGGACGGAACAACGGCUUCGUGAACAUGUUGGGGGUCGUGAAGGCGAAGGUCGCUGCCCUGUCCGGCGGGACCGUCGGCGGCGCCAUCGACGUGGACGCGCUAUCGGCGAAAUUAGCGGCGCUCCAGCCCACGGCCGUCGAGGCGAGCGGUUCCGGCGUGCGCGUCGUUGCGGCCUGCUUCGAGGGCCUCGCGCCGGAGAAGCGCCAGGCCCUUGUGAAUGCGGUGCUUGGUCCUGACGCCGACGGCGUGGAGGUGGUUUGCGAGACGCCCGGCGAGGCUGGGUCUUAAAGUUUGAU